GCACUGCUGCACUUGCCCGCUGUGCUGGAUCACAGACAGAAACUCCUGCCUGCAGCAAGCAGAGACCCGGACAGAGAAGAGAGGGAUUAAAUCACUAUCCCAAUACAUAUUUGGUGUGGGCUUUGUGUGCCAUGGUAAAACAGCGUCGCACCCGAGCGCGUUCCUGUUGCGCAGAUGUUGCUCGCCUAUGUUGCAGAAGAGGACCACUGAAGACUCUUACAGAGCCUGCCAUCUUUGCCAGGGAGACCAGUUGUGAUUGUCGUGCCCCUCAUGAGAAACUCACCAUCGCCCAGGCCCGCAGAGGCACCCCAGUCGACCGGCCAGUCAGAGUCUAUGCAGAUGGCAUCUUUGACCUGUUCCAUUCUGGCCAUGCUCGUGCUCUCAUGCAGGCCAAGAACCUCUUCCCCAACACCUACCUCAUAGUAGGAGUGUGCAGUGAUGAGCUGACCCAUAAGUACAAGGGUUUCACGGUCAUGACAGAGAUUGAACGGUACGAGGCGCUGAGACACUGCCGCUAUGUGGAUGAAGUUUUGAGAGACGCACCUUGGACACUCACACCUGAAUUCCUUGAGAAACACAAGAUCGAUUUUGUGGCUCAUGAUGAUAUCCCAUACUCCUCAGCAGGAAGUGAGGACGUUUAUAAACACAUCAAGGAGGCAGGAAUGUUUGUGCCUACACAGCGGACAGAGGGAAUCUCAACCUCAGACUUAAUUACUAGAAUUGUCAGAGAUUAUGAUGUCUACGCACGACGCAACCUCCAACGCGGCUACACAGCCAAGGAGCUCAACGUCAGCUACAUCAAUGAGAAGAAGUACCGGCUGCAGAACCAAGUGGACAGAAUGAAGGAAAAGGUGCGCACCGUUGAGGAGAAGAGCAAACAUUUUGUUUACCGUGUGGAGGAAAAGAGUCACGACCUCAUUCAGAAGUGGGAAGAGAAAUCUAGAGAGUUUAUCGGCAACUUCCUAGAACUUUUUGGACCUGAUGGGACUUGGAAACAGGUGUUUCAGGAGCGCAGUGGACGAAUGCUGUCCUAUGCUUUGUCACCCCGGGAGUCGCCCUGCAACAGCCCUCCCCGUGAACUGUCCCCCCUGCGCUCUCCCUCUCCCCCGUCUCCCCCUGCCCGCUGGCACAAUGCACGGCCUUCGCCCCCAGCUUCCCCUAAAGGAGCAUCUGCCUCUAUAAGCAGCAUGAGUGAAGGUGAUGAGGACGAGAAGUAGAUGGACUGUGAGGACACACAAUAUACAUACAAACACACACACACACACACACACACAAACAUCACUCACAGUACACUGCCUGAGAACUGCUUACAUGUGCGCAAACACACUUGUUCACACACACAAACACACAUGCAUAUAUAUAUAUUCUCCUACAAACACUGGCUGGAUACUGAAACCUCAACGAAAGCAGCAAAUAUGCAAGGCAGACGGUGAUCAUGGGAAACGUAGUCCUGUGCUGCUGAGCUAAGAAGCCAUCACUGUCUCUGUUGUCUGAGUGACCACGCGGGCAGAGAGGAGAUGAAGAUGAAAGUUCAUGCACACAGUGUCUCACAUAGUAUGAAGGUUGAGAAUCCUUUAUGGCACCUUUUCAUGAGGAUUUGCUUUGGAUUGUCCAAUGCUGAUAAGAGACUGCUCAUCACAUCACCUCAUUGUUUUUUUUUUUUGUCCAAUUCUGUUCAGUUUAGCAUUUUCUCUUUAAGAUGCCAAGAUUUCUUGCAUCUACAGUGACCGCUAGAUGUGAAUAGGCACAAAGUUACAGAACAUCGUGUGUGGCAUUCAGUACUUCAGCUGUGAACUGACGGGAACUGGAUUCAUUCAUCACUGUGUCAGGUUUGUUUGUUAAAUUGACAGUUAAAGGAAUAAAAGGAGAGACACUGCAAACCCUAGAAUAGUUGGAGGCGAUCCUUUUGACAACCUCUUGGCACUCAAACACACAGUCAGUGCUAGUUUGUCAGCUUUUUUAGCUUAAAUAAUUGGCAAAGGAACCUAAAAUUCAAUGAUUCACGAUCUCUGAGUCACAUUUUCUCACGCCACUGUCAUGACCACCUUUAAAGACAGAUUAAAACUAAUCCCUAAAAUAUUCAUAGAAGAUUCUCUGUAGGAAAUAUAAAUAAACCUGGUGGAAAAGUAGUCUACAUAUUCCUAAAAUGUAACUAAAAAAUUAGAUGAUUGGUGCA